GCGGAAAUGGCGUAACACGUUGAUGCUGGGUCUGAAAAAAAUAUAUAAUCGGUUCCCUUUUUGUUUGUUUUUAUCGUCUGUUUCUGGUUUUAUUUAAUUUCGGUGGAUCGAUGUGCCCCGUUUCCGCGAAUUGUAAAUACAAAGUGGGUUACGAAAACCGAGCAAAAUCUUUCAUGAGGUCUGAUUGAAUUUUCGUGCUCGAUCUGUGGAGCGCUGUAGUUUUUUUAAUAAGUAAAGUCAAUACAGGAUUGUUUUCAGUUUUUGUGUUCGAACUGCGUAGUUCAGUUUUUUUUGUGUGUGUGAAUAAUGGGUUCGAUAUUAAUCCGAAGAAUUGCUGGAGUUGAAGAUAUUGACAUUCAAGCAAAUUCUGCCUACAGAUAUCCUCCGAAAUCGGGAAACUAUUUUGCGAGUCACUUCUUCAUGGGAGGGGAAAAAUUUGAUACUCCACACCCAGAGGGAUACCUGUUUGGAGAGAACACGGACCUGAAUUUCCUUGGGAACAGACCUGUGCAGUUUCCAUAUGUUACCCCAGCUCCCCACGAACCAGUAAAGACAUUGAGGAGUUUAGUUAACAUCAGGAAAGACUCCCUUCGUUUGGUCAGGUAUAAAGAUGAUUCAGACAGCCCCGAUGAAGAGAAUGGGAAGCCCAGGGUCCUGUACAGUGUGGAGUUCACCUUUGAUGCUGAUGCUCGCGUGGCAAUCAGCAUUUACUGCCAGGCCUCUGAGGAAUUCUCCAAUGGGAUGGCAGUGUACAACCCAAGGAACCCUGCCCUGGUCUCUGAAACGGUACAUUUCAAGAGAGGGGUGAGCCAGCAGUUUUCACUGCCUUCUUUCAAAAUCGAUUUCUCUGAGUGGAGAGAGGAAGAGCUCAACUUUGACCUGGAAAAAGGCAUUUUCCCUGUGGUGAUCCAAGCUGUGGUUGAUGAAGGUGAUGUGAUCGCAGGACAUGCUCAUGUUCUUUUGGCAGCCUUUGAAAAACACGUUGAUGGCAGUUUUUCAGUGAAGCCUUUAAAACAGAAACAGAUUGUGGAUCGGGUGAGCUACCUGCUACAGGAGAUCUAUGGAAUAGAAAACAAGAACAACCAGGAGACAAAGCCCUCGGAUGAUGAUAACAGUGACAACAGCAAUGAGUGUGUGGUGUGCCUGUCGGACCUGCGUGACACCCUGAUCCUGCCCUGCCGACACCUGUGCCUGUGUAACUCCUGUGCUGACACCCUGCGAUACCAGGCCAACAAUUGCCCCAUCUGCAGAUUGCCUUUCCGUGCAUUGCUUCAGAUCCGGGCUGUCCGCAAGAAGCCUGGGGCUCUGUCUCCUGUAUCCUUCAGCCCUGUCCUAGCACAAACAAUGGACCAUGACGAGCAUUCGAACUCGGACAAUAUCCCACCAGGGUUUGAACCCAUCUCCCUGCUGGAAGCCCUGAAUGGUCAGCGAUCAGUAUCCCCAAGCAUCCCCUCCGCCCCCUUGUAUGAAGAGAUCAACUUCUCAGGGGCUCUGGGGGAAUCUGUCCCACUCUCUAGCCGGCCGCUGGGCACCGACAACCGAGCCAUGGACAAGAGAAGCAAGUCCCCAGACAGCACACUGCGCUCCUCCUCCUCCCCAAUCCUGGAGGAAGAUGAAGAGAAGCUGUCUGAGGUUUCUGGUUCCCAACCUCAUCCUCUGAUAGCUAGCAAUCACAACUCACCAGAGACCACAGCAACAGAAGAUGCUCCGGAUUCUGUCACACCGAAGAAAGUUCAGAGGUCCCGGUCCAUGGAGGAUAUUCUCCAAGACAGCAGCAGUGAGCACAGCAGCCUGACUAAGACCGACAGUGACCCGCCAAUGGAGAUCUCCCUGCCGGGAUCCUCCGAGUCGACAGAGAGCCUGAAAAGCCAGAGCACCAACAGUUCAAGCCAGCCUCUCCUCUCCCCCCCAAGCAGCCUUCACAUCGAGGAUGAGCAGCAUGCUUCAUAAACACGGCAGGAACAACUCCUCCCAGGGAGCCUGUCACGAUACCCUGGGCUUUCCUUUCCUUUCAAAGCCACCAACAGCAAGGCACUGUGUUCUAUGAUAAUGCUGCCGAGCAUUAACCAGAAUGAGUACCAGCACGCAGCAGCCUCAAAGGGUAUUUGUAGUCACUCCAGUGUUGAUGCAACAGCGCUGUCUUCAUUUUAGAGCACAGUGUAAUAUGAUUAGGGCUUGAGUUUCCAGCAGUGAGUUUUUUGGGGAUGGGGAAGAACCAUAAUCAAAUUUGUUUACAAGUUUAAUUGAGUUAUUUAAAAUAAUAAGUGUGGAUGAGAAAAAAACUUAAUGGAAAUGUGACCUUCAGAUACUUUUGCUGUCAGGCUGCAAUGGCAAACAUAUAUAUAUAUACAAGAACUUAUGCUUCCUUAGCUACAGCGCAAUCACUUUAUUGUUUGAAACAGGUGUAUGCAAGUGUAUAUGCUUUAAUGUAAGCAUUAAUGUGUCUGGUGCAUAUAAUUAUUUGUAUUUAACAUUUUAGAUGGCAAUAUCACUGCAUUGAAGUAAUUUACAACAUACGUAUGUGACUGAUUUAUUUCAUUAACUAAAUGCACAAUCUUGUGAUUAUUUUUGUAGCUUUAUAAUCCUGUCUCCAGUCACUGAGAAACACAAAUAGAAGAUGUUAAUGUUGGUGGCAUUUGGCUCAUUAUCCCACAGAUGAAAUUGGUGCAACGGUAGUUCCAAGAUUAUUUUUGAUUAUUUAUUUUUUCUAUUUUAUUUGAAACUCCUCCUUAAAUCCAUGCAUGUGUCUGAAAGGGGUCCCAACAUGUUCCUGCCUUUAUAAUGAUAAAAUCCAGGAUUUCAUACUCUAGACGAGUUAUAUCUCACAUGCAUCUGGUCAUUCCUAUCAUGUCAGUCUUGUCAUAUAUGGACACGACGUACACUUUCUUUUUAUAUUUAUUUCUGAAAUUAAUUAGCAAACCUACUUGAUUACUUUUAUUGUACUAUUUUUUGUUUGUAUACAAAUGAACACUGCAUUAAAAAAAAAAAAAAUGUAUACAUACAUACAUACACACACACACACACACAUACAUAUUAAACAUUUUUCAACUGAUAAAAUCAGCUGAGACAUUUUGUUUACCCACAUCACAAAUAAUGGUUGCAUUUUGGACAGCUUUCAAAGAUAUACCUUUAGUGCAAUAUAGAGGAUGUUGAAAGUGCAUCUGCAAAAACUAGUUUUUAGCACUUUAGCAGAACAAUUUACUGUAUUAUAAAUAAUAGCACAGUUGGAGACUAAUCAUAAUGAUUGACCCCCUCACUGCCACUCCAUUAGGGUCCUUACUGAACAAUAAUGUUGGUUCCUACAGGUGUUUUAUUUCAAUUGUAGAAAUCCGAUUGUGUGAACAAGCUCUAGAUAUUGGCGUUGGUUGCUUGGUCUUUGUCAUUAUUCCUAGCAGUCAUCGCUUGUGUAACUGGCAUCUUGUAUACAUGUGUCUGCUUUGAUAUAACAUGCCAGUCUUUCAGUGUUAUAAAUGAAACAGGCAAACACUCCAUGCAGUUUUCACAGCAUGGUGUGUAGCUUUUGAACUGUACUUGGCCUUGGCUUUUAUAUUUUUAUUUUACAGACACCAAUUUAAGCAUUUCUAUAAAGGACACUUUCAAUAUACCUAAAUCUCAUAAGAUCAGAUUUGUUUAAUAAAUAACAAGAAAGUUUCCUGCCAGUCUAAAAUAUCUCUCUUUUAAAAACAAUGUGGGUGUCCUGGUGUGUUUUAUUUGUUUUUUUUUUGUUUGCCCCCAGGUAAUGUUGAGAAUCUUAUUAUGAUCUAAUCAUAUAAUCUAAAAUCUUAAGAUUUGUUUUUUCUCAUGGAAGUGGUUACUGAACCUUCAAAUAAGUAUAUCUAAGGGAAAUAUAAUAUAUUUGUGGCACAUCUGAAUUUGUGCUAGAAAUACCAGCAUUGAUGCUUCUGCCAUAAAUCUUUAUUUUGCUGACCCAGGUAUGAUCUUUUCUAACUUGAUGGAUCACCUCAGUAACCUGCCCUCAAGAUUAUUUAUAAAUAGCUUAUUUGUUAUGCUGCAGUCCUCUCAGCUUAAAGCAGAAGAUGAUUAACUAAAAUAGAAGCCAGGACGCUAUCUUUGCUGAUACAAAGCAGACCAGCUAUGGAAGGGGACCAUGUAGCUGAUGCUUCUUUCCAUCCAAUCAGAUGGCAGAUGUAGAAAUCCCCCAGAGUUCCAACUCACAGAUCAGUGCUUGUAACUUAAUCAAAUAUCUCAAUAAAGUUAAUAAUGGCGUGUUGGUACUUUUUAAUUCUCAAUGUUUAUUGUAGUCAAAUAAUUAAAAAAAUUAAAACAG